GCUCUGUGUGUGCUGCUAUGGUGGCCGGCGUAGUGACCCGCGCUGCUGUCCCGCGCUUCCUGCGGGCCGGCUCGGGCUGCUGGCGUCGCCACUUGUGGGCGUCGUCCGGGGAGGCGGCAGCAGCGGCCGCCUCGUCCUCCGGGGCAAGGAGCCCCUUCGACCGGCAGCUGAAGCGGAAGCAGAAGAACUGGGCGGCGGCACGGGCCGAGCGCGGGCGGAGCGACUGCGACUACCUGCGGCUCGAGGUUGGUGGCCAAGUAGCAGACCGUGUGUUUGAUAUAGCCAGAGCAUUCCCACUUGCUUUGGAUGUUGGCUGUGGAAAAGGCUACAUAGCCCAGUAUUUAAACAAGGAAACAGUUGAAAAACUUGUGCAAGUAGAUAUUGCAGAGAAUGCAUUGAAAACUCCUAUGGAAUCUGAAAUCCCCACUGUCAGUAUUGUAGCUGAUGAAGAAUUCCUGCCAUUCAGAGAAGACACAUUUGAACUUGUUGUUAGCAGUUUAAGCUUGCAUUGGGUGAAUGACCUGCCUAGAGCUUUUAGAGAGAUUCAUCAAGUCCUUAAACCAGAUGGAGUAUUUAUUGGUGCCAUGUUUGGAGGAGACACUCUGUAUGAGCUUCGUUGCUCUCUGCAACUAGCAGAACUAGAAAGAGAGGGAGGAUUUUCUCCACAUGUGUCUCCCUUCACUGCUGUCUCUGACUUAGGACAUCUGCUUGGAAGAGCUGGCUUUAACACUCUGACUGUGGAUACUGAUGAAAUUCAAGUAAAUUAUCCAGGGAUGUUUGAGCUCAUGGAAGACUUGCAAGGUAUGGGGGAGAGUAACUGCUCUUGGAAUAGAAAACCUCUGCUGCACAGAGAAACUAUGUUGGCGGCGGCAGCAAUAUAUCAAGAAAUGUAUGGAAAUAGUGAUGGCUCUGUACCUGCCACAUUUCAGGUCUAUUACAUGAUAGGCUGGAAAUUCCAUGAAUCACAGGCAAGGCCAGCCCAGAGAGGUUCUGCAACAGUGUCACUUGGAGAUCUGGCAAAAAUAAAUUUUUCAGGGGGGAAGAAUUAGCUGAUCAUCAAAAGGCACUUCUGCUGCUGGCUGUGACUCAGAUGUGUGAAGAGAGUGAGGAGAAGGAAGAAGAAUGUGGUUAUGUGUAAAUGUUAAUUAGAGACUUGUUCCUACUGUGCCUUGUUCUUCAAGCAUUUAAUCAACACAUGGGUAGAAGCAAACUGAAAUAUGCUGGAACCCCUCUCCUAACUUCUAAGGAGAUAAAGAAUGUGCUCUCAGUAAUGAGAGGAAAGCAUACAUCAUUGGGUACAAAGCACCCGAAGAGCAGUUUCCUUUCUGAGCAUAUAGAAGAGGAGCAUCGGGAAUUGCACAACAGGGGAAGAAUAAAUGAGGUACUGCGCAGAGCACUGCUAGUGGGAAGAACAAAGUAAUUAGGCAGGAAAUUUGGUGUCCCUAUCCUCCCUACCCCUUCCCUUCAUGAAUGUGAAAAUUAAAUACUGACCUAAUUAAUGUGCAGUUCACAAUACAGCAUCUGUGGUCACAGUUAUUCAAUAACCCCCCGGAUGAGGAGGGUGCUGCUGCCCAGCUGUUACAUAGUGUUGUGGCAGUGUCUUCAUGCAAGAAUGCAUAAAUCGCUUGCUCUGCUGGCCUAGCAGCUUCUACAUUCCUGGCCACCCGGUGGCCCAUCUUUCACAGGAUCAGGAUGGAGUGACCCUACUGUUCUAGUGCUUGAGGCUGAGGGUAGGUGGCUGGGAAGUAGUAAAUGAGGGUUUGAAUCUCGAGGCUGAAAAGGACCUAGAACCUAGAUCUCCCAGUUCCUGGAGAGGUGCCUUACUUCCUUUAGGUGGAUAGCUCUGUGCCAUUUGUCUUCUGCCACACUCGGUUAUGGAUCUAGCCUCAGAAGACUAGUUCUUGCCCUGCUCAAGCUCUGGUUCUUGGACAGACAGAGGAGCCUAAGAUA